UAUAGGUAGUUUUGUUGUUAAUUCCAUAUAGUAAGUUGUUCACUUGCGCUUUUACGGCAUUGUGUUCGGGACAGCGAGUGAUAAGGGACUCCGUGACGUAAUCGCAGGCUCGACGACACUCCGCUAGUCCACUAUGCGUAUCAACGAAAUUCCUAGUCGCAACACGGCAUGAUGACGGCGGUGAUGUACUGAUGUCACACUUCACGAUUUUUGUUUGAUAUUAUUAUUAUUUUGAUAUGUUUUCUCCGAGAGCGUCGUCCUAGUGCGGUGUAAAGUUGUUGUUGUUACUGUUGAUGUAGUGUUGUCGUAGUAGUAGCCAGGUAGGUGCGCAAGUAGUUUUCGUCUCUCCAGUUCGCGGUGUGAAAAUACAUAUUAUUAUUUUGUCCGUGACUGACCGCCGCCGCCGACUCUUCUCCAACGGGUUUUCGUUACGUUUGUCUUCUAUCGCCGUCGCACCUCUGUCGCGUUUCCGUUCUCGUCCCACCUGAUGUGCUUGCAAUGAACGGGAUGACGUUCAGCGAGUUGAUGUACCUGUUCUGCUGCCCACCCCUGCCGUCCCGUAUCGCCGCCAAGCUGGCGUUCCUUCCGCCGCCAAUUACGUACGACUUCACGCCGGUCGACAGUGGCGAGACUAAAUACCAUAUCAAGUUCAACGACAAGGCCGAGUGGCAGUACACGGACAGCGACGUGCAGAACAUCGAGGGAUUCUAUGCUCGCACGUCCCGUGGAAAUCGCAUAGCUUGCAUAUUUGUGCGAUGCUGUCCCAACGCCCGUUACACCAUACUGUUCUCGCACGGAAACGCCGUCGACCUGGGCCAGAUGAGCAGCUUCUACCUAGGACUAGGUAUGAGAAUCAAUUGCAAUAUAUUCAGCUACGACUAUUCAGGCUACGGCAUCAGCAAGGGUAAGCCGACCGAAAGGGACCUGUAUGCGGACAUUGACGCCGCUUGGCAAACAUUAAGGACCACGUACGGCAUCAGCCCCGAAAACAUUAUACUGUACGGCCAAAGCAUCGGUACCGUGCCCACUGUCGACUUGGCGUCUAGAUAUGAAGUGGGGGCUGUGGUCCUUCAUUCGCCUUUGACAUCUGGCAUAAAAGUAGCUUUUCCUAGGUCCAAAAGGAAAUGGUUCUUCGACGUGUUUACCAGUAUCGAUAAGGUAUCAGAAGUUAACUCUCCAGUGCUUGUCAUACACGGAACACAUGAUGAAGUAAUUGAUUUUUCACACGGUGUCGCUAUUUAUGAAAAAUGUCCUAAAGCAGUUCCACCAUUAUGGGUUGAGGGUGCCGGCCACAAUGAUGUAGAAUUGCAUAAUGUUUAUUUGGAAAGACUUAAACAAUUUGUUACUACUGAACUGCUCAACUGACAUUUAAUUGAAAAAAAAGAUGCAGAUACAUCGAAUGGACAAUCGCCCAAUAUGGUAACUAAU